UGUCACGUCAAUAUGUAUGCACUUAGAAGAGGAGUACCGUUCGUGCCGAGGUCUAUUCAUUCUCUAUUGAAUAGGUAAGCAGUUUAGAUUGCCGGAUGACGACAGCCAGCUCCCUCUCUACCUCUUGUAGAUCAAUAUUCUCUUCCUAUUUCUGUCAUCUUUCGUCCUUGAUCUACGCCAGACAUCUCUCAACUUUGAGCUUAUUUGGCUACAGUAGCAACGGGGCUCACAGUCUCCACUGUCUACCGAACUCCCGCCCGGUCCGACUUUUCGGCAUCCCGGCUCCGGACGCCUCCCGAUCAGCACCUUGAAUAUUACAUUACCAACAACUGGAGCACCAUGGCAACUCAACUCAUUGCUCUGCCAGCUGUAGAGCGUGUCAGUCCUACAGUCAUCCGCAUUCUGGGCGGCAAUCCGGGCAAAUUCACUCUUCAAGGCACAAACACAUAUCUUCUCGGUACAGGUCGUCGCCGGCUUCUCAUUGACACUGGCGAGGGCCGUAACGCCUGGAUCUCGUCAAUCCGCGAGACUUUACAGCAGGAGAAUGCGACUAUAGAUACCGCGCUGAUCACGCACUGGCAUCAUGAUCAUACUGGUGGUAUCAAAGAUCUCUUGAGCAUCUCACCACAGACGAGGAUCUUCAAGCACACUCCGGAGGAAGGGCAGCAUGGAAUCAAGCACGGGCAGCGCUUCCAAGUCGACGGCGCUACGUUGACAGCAGCGUAUACGCCAGGACACACAAAGGAUCAUAUGGUGUUCGUUCUCGAGGAAGAGGACGCAAUGUUCACAGCCGACAACGUCCUCGGUCAAGGGACUGCGGUAUUUGAGGACAUGAUCACGUAUCUACGAAGCCUAGAAGAGAUGAGACCUCUGUUCAAAGGCCGAGCAUACCCUGGACAUGGGCCGGUGAUUGAAAAUGGACCAGCAAAGAUUGCUGAGUACAUCGCACAUCGAAAACAACGGGAGGAUCAGGUCAUUCAGACGUUGAAAACGGGGCCUGGCGAAGUGGAAACUCAAGAAUCUGCAUUGUGGUCGGCAUGGACGGCGACAGAUUUGGUCGAGGUGAUUUACAAAGAAGUGCCUCAGAAUCUGCACCCAGCAGCUCGCGGUGGUGUUUUGCAGAUACUGGGAAAGCUGGAGAGCGAAGGUCGCGUAGCUCAUGAUGGUGACGAAUGGAAGCUGCUGGUAGAUGGGCGGGCGUCUCUAUGAGUUUGGGCUACAGUGAGUGGAUAAUGGAUAGACCAUAUUGAGUCAGUGGUGUAUUUCCGAAUUGCCGUGAUAACGUGGGUAGUUAUUCAUCACUCAUUACCCGAAAGGCCAUUGUGAGGAACCGUGUUUGCUCGGGAAUACGGACUUUCAAACAACAUGGACUGGACUGGGCUGGGUUAAGUUUGUGGCAUGAUUUGGGCAUGCCAAGAGCUGAGUUUUGUAGCAAGUUUGUACGGUAAACUUGGUAGCGAGAUGAGGCAGGGCCUUCGGCAGCGUCGGAUCAUUCACAUCAUCCAAGUCUUGAUGUGAUAUGGCCGGACCUAGAGGCUAGAGGAUGGGGAUUUACUACUGACUUGGUUGGUGGGGAUCGCCAACUGGGUUCUGAUUUUGGGAAUACACCCCUGUCCGCUAACGCAGCCACUCUAUCAAACAAACCCACGGCAUUGGCCAUGUUCUCAACAACUGAAAUUGCUGCUGAUGGUGAAGUGUAAGCAGAUCAGGCCUCUUGAUGCUGUAAUGCUACUGUACAUAGACUACAGCUUCACUUCGGCCGAUUACGGAGACUGGCUGCAAUGCAACGUCGUCACAUCAGAUCCCAAGCUCCCCAUGCAAGUAUAGUUCAAGAGCUACCCAACUGUCUUUUGAGACUGCAACAUUAAACCCGUCGUUUACGGAUAGAGUUACAUGUGUUUCAUGCAGUCACAAACGGUCCAAUUUUGUCCGAAUAUCAUACGACAGAUCGCAAAAAGCAAGAGCUCGCUGAUACAUGAUUAACCGUUGAUUAUUAGGUACCUUACCUUACAGCCUCGGUGCUCAAACUGCGGAGUGUUCGGAGUCAAUUCUGGCGUAUAGCAUGUGUACAAACAUGCGGUUACCUGAAAAACGGAGACGAGUUAACCACGAGUUACCGUGCUUGGCGAGAUCAUUGUAUUCACUCUUAAUUGCUGGCUCGGGUUGUAACCCAAGACAGCUGACUCUUUUGGGUGUAAUACAUACGAUGAAUGCAAGUCAGCACCGUAGAUAGACACGAAAACUAAGCGGGCGGUGAACCAGCAAAUCGUGAACGACCCGAUAAUUCUGUCCUAGAUUGGAAUCGAAAUCAAACGAGUUGUGUAUUAUAAAACGAAGCAAUUUGUCAGCGGAGGGGGGGCAUCUAGGGUAAUCUGAUAUCAUGGCGGUACUCAUAGCCGUUCAACUUGAGCAAAUAUUCCUUCUCAUGACCCUUGUAUUUUACGCCCGGCCUCAGGCCCUUCCCUGC